AUGGCCGUGACACUGUGGUUCCUGGGGGCGUGUGUGCUCACCCUGGCUCACAUUGACCCAUCUAGCCAAGCCAUGUCCAGGGCCGCCAUGCCAUUCGGGCUGCUGCGCAGGGAGCUGGCGUGCGAGGGCUACCCCAUUGAGUUGCGUUGCCCUGGCAGCGACGUGGUGAUGGUGGAGACCGCCAACUACGGGCGUACUGAUGACAAAAUCUGUGACGCAGACCCUUUCCAGAUGGAGAACACACAGUGUUACCUCCCCGACGCAUUAAAGAUCAUGGCCCAGAGGUGUAACAAUCGGACCCAGUGUGUGGUGGUAGCAGGGGUGGAUGUUUUCCCAGACCCCUGUCCGGGAACAUACAAAUACCUGGAGAUCCAGUACGAGUGUGUCCCUUACAAAGUGGACCAAAAAGUUUUUGUGUGUCCCGGCUCACUGCUCAGCAUCCAGCCAGCUUCCUCUCUCCUGGAGGCAGAGCAUCAGUCAGGGGCGUGGUGUAAGGACCCACUGCAGGCAGGUGACAGACUAUAUGUCAUGCCAUGGACGCCCUAUAGGACGGAGGUGCUGUAUGAGUAUGCCUCCUGGGAUGACUACCGGCAGAACAGGGUCACCACCACCUACAAGUUGCCGAGCCGCGUGGACGGCACGGGCUUUGUGGUGUACGACGGCGCCGUCUUCUACAACAAGGAGCGCACGCGCAACCUUGUCAAGUACGACCUACGGACACGCAUCAAGAGCGGCGAGGCCGUGGUGGUCAACGCCAACUACCACGACACCUCGCCUUACCGCUGGGGGGGGAAGUCGGAUAUCGACCUGGCAGUGGACGAGAACGGCCUCUGGGUCAUCUACUCAACCGAGGCCAACAACGGACGCAUCGUGGUCAGCCAGGUGAACCCGUACACCUUGCGCUUUGAGGGCACGUGGGCCACCGGGUUCGACAAACGCGGGGCGAGUAAUGCCUUCAUGGCCUGCGGUGUGCUCUACGCCGUGCGGUCCGUCUUCCAAGACGACGAGGGGCAGGCGGACGGCAGGGUCGGUGGCGACAUGGUCGUCUACGCGUAUGACACCAGCCGAGGCCAGGAGUUCCCCGUUCAAAUCCCAUUCCCCAACCCCUACCAGUACAUUUCCUCCAUAGACUACAACCCCAGAGACAACCAGCUGUACGUGUGGAAUAACUACUACGUACUACGGUACCCGCUGCAGUUCACGCCGCCACCGCCCACCAAAGGUCCGCUCUCUUCUCUGAUGACCACCGUACGCUCCUACACGGCCACCGUGGCCCUGACCCCUGUGCGCCCCUCGGCGUCUCACCCCAUCGGCGUGAUCAACCGAGGACCCUUUGACCAGCGCCCCAUCACAGCCAUGGUCCCCUUGACCCCGCGUCCACCCCUGCGUGUCCCCUUGGCUCCCGGAAGCCCGGGUCAGGUGGGGGGAUGUGAGGGCCGGGUGGCACGAGGGGUGCAGUGGCCCCCAACUCUGAAGGGCGAGACGGUGGAGAGGCCCUGCCCCAAAGGAUCUCUUGGUAUAGCCUCCUAUCAGUGCAUGUUGUCCCCAGUGGGAUGGAGCUCCAGAGGGCCUGACCUUUCCAACUGCACAUCUCCUUGGGUCAGCCAGAUUGCACAGAAGAUUAAGAGUGGGGAGAACGCAGCCAACAUUGCCGGUGAGCUGGUCAACCUGACAAGGGGGCGGGUGUACGCCGGGGACGUCAGCAUGUCCGUUAGACUGAUUGAGCAGCUAUUGGACAUCUUGGACUCCCAGCUCCAGGCCUUGAGACCAGCCAACAAGGAGUCCGCAACACGCAACUACAACAAGCUGCAGAAGAGGGAGCGCACGUGUAGAGCCUACGUUCAGGCGGUCGUUCAGACAGUCGACAACUUGUUGGGCCCCGAGGCUCUGGUUUCUUGGGCUGACAUGAGCAACGCCGACCAGUCCCACUCGGCCUCACUGCUGCUGGACGCAAUCGAGAAAGGGGCGUUUCUGUUGGCCAACAACCUUUACGAAGGCCGUUUCAGCGACAGGGCGCCAAAUGUUGAUCUGGAAGUGUACGUACUGAACACAGAAGCAGAUAUACAGGAUCUGACCUUCCCUCAUACCUAUGACAGCGACAGUAUUCUACAGAUCUCGGCGCUGGCCUUGCAACAAUACAGCAACAACGGCCAGGUGAAGUUGGUCCUGUCCCUCUACAAGAACCUGGGGUCCUUCCUGACCACCCAGAAUUCCACCCUGCGCCUCGGGCCGGGGCUUGGAGCAGGUCAAGGGUCAGAGGUCAGGGGUCGAAAGCUGGUGGUCAAUUCCCAUGUCAUCUCUGCCUCUGUCCACAGAGGAGCCAACAGGGUCUACCUUUCUGAUCCUGUCAUCUUCACUCUCAGACACCUGCAGUUGGAAAACCACUUCGGCCCCAACUGUUCGUUCUGGAACAUGUCAGGAACCUCGGGCAGCGGCAGGUGGUCUAUACAGGGUUGUCGUCUGUUACACACCAACAACACACACACUACCUGUGCCUGCAACCACCUGUCUAGCUAUGCUGUCCUUAUGACCUACCAACAACCUGCUUCUGGGGUCGGCGUGGAAGAGCUGCUGGUCUAUGUGAUCUCCUGGGUGGGCAUUGCUGUCACCCUGGUUUGUUUGGCUGCCUGCCUCACCACCCUGUGUUGCCAGGGGGCGCCCUGGCAUACAGACCACAGCAGUAUCCACUGCAACCUGUGGGCCAACCUCCUCGUCACGGAGCUUCUGUUCCUUAUUGGUGCCAAGAAGACCCAGUUCACAGUGGUAUGCUCCAUCAUCGCCGGCCUGUUGCACUUCUCCCUGCUCUCUGUGUUCUGCUGGUUGUGUCUGGAAGGGGUGGAGCUCUACCUGCUGCAGCGGGAGGUAUUUGAGGGGCGAAACUCCAGGAGGAAGUACUUCUACCUCUGCGGUUACUCCGUCCCGGGGCUAGUGGUGGCUGUGUCUGCAGCUAUUGACUUCAGGGGCUACGGCUCGAACGCUGCGUGCUGGCUGCGGACUGACAACUACUUCAUCUGGAGUUUCCUUGGACCUGUAGCUGUCAUUAUAACGCUGAACCUGAUUGUCUUGGUGAUGACCCUGCAUAAGAUGCACAGCUCCGCUGCCCUCAAGCCAGACUCUAGUCGUCAUGACAACCUAAGGGCGUGGGCAGUGGGAUCCCUCACCCUGCUCUUCCUGCAGAGCGUGACAUGGUCGUCAGGCCUCGUGUUCCUCUCUGCCCCCUCUCUGCUUCUGGCCUACCUCUUCUCUUCCCUCAACACCGCCCAGGGCCUGCUCAUUACUAUACUGCACUGCACCCUCACCAGAAAGGGCCAGAAGGACUACAGCCGCUGCCUACGUUUCUCCCAGUGCUGUGGCACCUCCUCAUCAAGCUCUCCUGAUUCAGUGAAGGGCAAUGCCCUGCGGUCCAACAGCCGCUACACAAGCAGCCAGGCUCGGAGAGCCACCGCCAACAGACAGAGUCGCAUCAGGAGGAUGUGGAAUGACACCGUUCGCAGACAGACCGAAUCUUCCUUCAUUGCUGCAGAUGUUAACAACACCCCCACACUCAACCGAGCUGCUUUAGGGAAUCACUUCCUGACUAAUCCAGUGUUGCAGACCCAUUCUGGGGCCUCGCCAUAUGACACUCUGCUGGCCCAGGGAUAUAAUCAACCCUUCGCCUCCACAGGAACCUUCAGAAACAAACAGAAGGGCAGUGUGUCCCAGACCCAGGAAACCUGUGGGCUGGACAGUGUGUGUCUCAAUGGGGGCUACACCCCCAACACCUUCACCCUGCACGGCCUGGGGCCUGGACCUGGGUCCCGAGCUGGGAUGGUGGGCAGCACUGACCUUCUGAGGGAGGGGGGAGUUGGUGGCAUUGGAGGGGACAAUGUCUCGCCAGCUCUCCUCACCCCCCACGGAUCCACAGAGCUGGGCAGCGGUGCCGGACUGCGCCGUAACCUGUCCGAUGCGGCCGCGCUGGAGAAGAUGAUCAUCUCUGAGCUGGUGCAGAGCAACCUGAGGCCCUCUGUACCCAUGCCUGUGCCCCCUGAGCGCUACGGCAGCCUGGCGAGGCCUCACCACCACGACAGGCCGACUCACGCUCACACUGCCACUCUGAACCGCCACCCACAGUAUCCUCCGGAAGGCUGGGUGGCGGCCAUGCAGACUCAGACGCGCUCUGUCGCACAAGACGGUUGGAUACAAAUACGGCACCAGACACAAGACCCUGAAACGCACGCCAUGCCGCGAGGCCAGGACCAUGCUACGACGACGCGUUUACAGGACAGCUGGUCUCACGCGUCGCGUGUUUCUGUAGAGGCCAAGUCACAUGAGCAGCUGAAGGACGGGGAGCGGUUACAGUUGCAGGGCACCCUGGGCCGCCGUGGGCUGCAGGACAGGCAGCAAGCACGCCCCCCCGAUGUUCAGGCCCGACCCUAUUCCACCCUCAGCCGCACCCCGGGCACACUGUCCCGCCACCGCAGCGGAGCGGAGCCGGGUGGUGGUGUGGAGAAAGACAGGGAGAGAGACAGGGACAGGGAUCGCUACCGUGACAGACCCCUGCCUCCCCCACCUCCCCCUCCCCCCCAAGAGUCUGAGCCACUCUACAAGGCUCUGGAGGAGCCCCUGCUACUGAAGCAGAGGGAGGCAGACAUGGAAGGAUGGAGAGGAGGCCUAGACAGAGAGAAAGAAGAGACGUUUCUCCUAAAAAGAGAUGGGAUCAUGGAGGAAUGGAGGGGAGGUGCUGAUAGAGAAAGGGAGGAGACCUUUCUCCCCCAGAAAAGAGAUGGGGAGAUUGAGGAAUGGCGGGGCGGGGUCGAUAGAGGGAGGGAGGGGAAGGACUCCCACCUCUCACAGAAGAGGGACGGACGGAUGGAGUUGUGGCCUGGUGGUGCUGAGACGGAGAAGGAGGAUACGUUUCUAACUCAGAAGAAGGAUUUUGGAAUGGAUGUAUGGAGAAGUGGAAUGGAGAGAGAGAAAGAGGAGCCCUUGUUUUUAAAGGACAGGGACGGAUGGAGAGGAGGGCUAGAGAGAGAGAGUGAGGACUUUAAACAGAAGGAGAAGGCACUGGAUGUAUGGCGACCAGGAAUCAACACAGACAGGGAGGAGUCCUUCCUAUUCGAGAGCAAAGAUGGAGGGCUCGAGGGCUGGAAAAGAGGGAGAGAGCGAGGGUCCCUGCGAUUCCAUCGUGAGCCGGACGACCCCAACAGCUUCAGCUUGCCUUUGAGCCCAGAUCUGGAUCUUGACCAUGACUCGUCCUCUAUCUACGCCAGAGAUUCAAACCCAUCCCCCCUCUACCCUGGAGACCGCCGCUCACCGCCCCUCAGUAUCUUCCCGAGAGGCUCUCCCCCAACUAAUAUCUUCGCCCCGCGAGACGACGGCUCACCACCAAAUAGCCUCUACUCUCGGCACUCCCCGCAGGUGUACAGCCGAAGCAGUUCCCCGCCGCAUUUCUACAGCCGUACCUCCCCUCCGACUCUCUCUUACCCUGACAGCAGCCCCGAAGGUCAAGAGGAGGUGAGCCCCUCUGGCCAACCCCAGCGGCCAUCCCUGGAACUCCCUUACAGCCUGGGCCGACCUCCUUUAGGCCCACGGCCCAAUCACUUGCAGACCUUCUACCAGCCACCACCGCUGGCAACCAAUGGGGAGACAGUGUUCACAGCUGAGCCCACCUCUGAGGGAGAAGAUGGACAGAUGCAGCGGGUGACAAGUCUGUGACUAGGGCGGUGGUGAUCGGGGCAUAGAAGCGAGGUAGGAGGCGAUAACGAAACAAAAAGGGAAAAAAAAUGCAAUCCUACAAGAGUCGAAGCGAUGAUAAAAUGAGUUCGAGUUGAGCGAUAAAGAUGAUAAAGCUGAGGAUGAAGAUGACGGCUCCUUCCUGCCUCUAUCUCUCGAUCACCACGAGACGUCCCCCCUUUUCAUGUUUUGUUACUUUUCUAAGACUGUGAUCCAUUUAUGAGAUGCCCCUCGGCUCUCUGUUUCUCUCCUCUCUUCCUUUGAACCCUUCUGUUUCUUCCCUUCUCAUCGGUGCUUUAUCCUUCUAGGCCCAUUGUCUUGAGUUUUCUAUUGGUUCAUAGGCUGGGUGUUGCCCUCCCUUGUAGCAAGCAAACAGUGUGUCAAAGAAGCACUUGUGUGUUGCCAAAAAUCACUUCAAAGAACAUGUGCAUGACUUUAUAGUAGCUUUAAAAAGGCUACCUACUGUAGGAGGAAACUGCUGAGGAGUGUGUGUGCACGCGUGCAAAAGUGCGUGUCCAAGCGUGUGUGUAGACAUGCCUCUUGUAUAAUAAUGUAUCACAAUGAAGCAUUUUAUCAAUAUUAACGGGGAGGGGGGGUGGUCCUUACACACACACCCCCUUGCUGAUUUUAAAGUCUCGACCAAUUCCAUCUCACACCAAGACCAAAACCUCUCUGCGCCCCCGCCCCGCCCCCAGACUGUUGGUGACUGAAUAUGUUGCCUUGGCAUUUGCCGGAGCGACUGAACUGAUGACUCCACGAGGGAUCAUGUCCGCCUCGGAACUUUUCGGCGAUUCUCAGACC